AUGUUUACCGCCAAGAACCCUUUCGAAGACAUUGUGCUUAAGGCUACCUCUGACGAGCUCACUUCGGAAAAUUGGGAACUCAAUCUCGAGGUUUGCGACAAAGUCUCCUCCGGCGGAGAUACGGCUGCACGCAACUGCAUUGCAGCCAUUCAGAAGCGACUCGUACAUCGCAAUGCCAACGUCCAGCUUUACGCCCUUACCCUCGCCGAUGCUGUUGCCAAGAACUGCGGUCUCGCCGCUCAUCAGGAGAUCGCCAGUAGGUCCUUCACCCAGACCCUCGCUAGGAUCUGUUUGGACCGCAACACGCAUUCCACGGUCAAGAAGCGUUGCUCGGCGCUAGUCAAGGAAUGGGCCGGAGAAUUCGACGAUCAAAGCUUGGGUCUCAUGAAGGAGACGUAUGAAUCGCUCAAGUCACAAGAUGCUGUUGCCGAAGACGAAACCCCAGCCGAACCACCCCGCGAACCCACUUCUGAGCAGCUGCGAGCCGAGGACGAAGAGCUCAGGCGCGCUCUCGAGCUUUCCAUCCAGGAUCAAGGCGGACGCAACGCCUGGCCCAGCUACAACACCGAGCAGGCUGAAACUUCUGGCUCUUCUGCUCCAGCUGCUGCUUCCUCCAGCUCUUCUGCGUACCAGCCAACUUCACAGAGCCUCGCUCCUGCGCAGCAGCAACAGCAGCAACAGCACGACGCCAAUCACACAAACGGAACCAGUUCCUCUGCACAUGCGCAACCCCUGUCGGCAGCUACACCACCUGCUGUUGCUUCCCGAGUUCGAGCGCUGUACGACUUUUCUCCUACAGAGCCAGGCGAGUUGGCCUUUUCUCGCGGAGAGGUCAUUCGAGUGCUUGACAGCGUCUACGAACACUGGUGGCGAGGUGAAGUGAGGGGCGAGGCUGGCAUUUUCCCGGUAAACUACGUCGAGGUAUUACCCGACCCGACGCCCGAUGAGCUGCAGAGGGAAGCACAGAUGGAAGCGCGCAUUUUUUCGCAGGCCGCCGACAUUGACAGGCUGCUCAGCAAGCUUCGAAGCCUCGAUCCUGCGCGCGACAACCUUGCCGAUGACGACGAAUUGCAAGAGCUUUAUCAAAAGUCUCUAGCCAUGCGGCCAAAGAUUGUCAAACUCAUCGAUCGAUACAGCAACAAAAUCACCGAGCUCAAGGCCAUGAACGACAAGUUUGUCCAUGCACGCGGAUCGUUCGACGAGAUGAUGGAGCAAAGUCUUUCUCGUUACAACCCUGGCGGCCAUUCCAGUCAGGACUAUCUUCGUCCUCGUCCUGAGCUCCAGCAGCACUUCUCAGCAUCAUCGGCCGAUUACGCGCAGCAUCCUUCCUACCCCACCGCCCAUGCCUACUCUGUCCAACAAGCACAGUCCGCUUCCAGCGCGCACGAUCAGAUUCAGUAUCCCUUUAACCCAGAGCAACGACAUGGCUAUGCUCAAUCCGCAGGUGCUGAACCCGCCGAUCCUAGCUAUGUUCAAGGCAGUCGCCUCCCCUCUGGUCCGCAGCCACCUCAGCAGAUCACCAUGGCUCAUCAGCAGCAGCCACACGAGCAGCAGUACAGUUCCGCCCCUCAUGAUGACGAGAAGCGAAGGUUGUUCGAAAGAGCCAGGGCUGAGAGCGAAGCCUUUCAGCAGCAGCACUUCCAAUCGCAAGCUCACACAUCCCGCAGCGGCUACAGUGGAGCGUAUCCCUCUCAACCAGACGCAUCGGUCCUCAACCAGCAGAUGGGCAACAUGAACAUUGGUGGGUCCAGCAGUUACGCUUCUCAUCCUACUGGCCACUAG